AUGGAAUCGGGAACUGAAGUCCUACACCCUCACAGCCCCUCCAACGGACACCCCACUGACCAGCCCACCUUCCAACAGAGUUCCGUGGAAGAAAGGGCCUCAGAUGCGGAGGAGAAAAUAGCCGAAGAAAAUGGCAAGACGUUCUCUUUCCAGUUAGAUGAGAGCCAGGCUGAAAGGCCAGGGUCAGAGCCCAAGAGUGAUGGGGAAGACAAUGCCAACAAAACAGAGCCCGAUGGUGGAAACAGCUGCAUUGCUCCCUCAGAUUCAGAAGGCAGCUCCAGCCCGGAGAGGAAGAUCAAUUCCAGGGACAGCACCUACGAGAGAAUAGGGGCCUCUCCAAAUAAGCGCAGUAUGACUUCGGAGAAGAAGAAACAAACGGCCUCUGACGCUGGCCUCGGGAGCGAGAGUGGAGAGACCCGGGAUGCCCGCCCCAGGGGACCCCAGGGGAGGCGCCGGGGGCGCAGCAAGCGACCCAGAUCCGGGUCCCCAGGAGACCAGCCGCCUCCACUUCGGAAAAGCCUCGUGACCUCCCUGCGCUCUAUGUCGGAGGCCAUUUUUCAGAACAUAGUUCAAGUGUACAACCAGCAGGGAGACUCACCGCCCAGCUGGGAGGAGCUGGCCCAGCUGCGUGGGCGCCUGUGCGCAGCGGUGCAGACUUUCUACGCCGUGGCCGACCAGGCGGCCUACGUGUUCCCUGCUGAGAGCUGGCUCGUCCCAGCCCCGCUGCCCGGGCCGUGGGGUCCUGCCAGGGAUGGAGGAGCAGGUCCUUGCUCCGAGGACGCGCCCCCUCUUCCCUAG